AUGGAGCGAUUUGUGGACUUAGCUGAGGCUGGACAAUACUAUCAAAUGUCACAAGAAAUUCUGCUGGCUAUUCCUGAGAUGGCCAUUAAAGAUUUACAAUCUUUAUAUACGGGUGUAAUUACUGCUAAUCAUUAUAACAUGCAUCCUGAUUCCUUUGCUGAAAUAGUAGCACUUAUUGCCGGGCGUUUAGGAGAUGAAGAAGCUAAUUCUGUUCUUUGGAAUGCUUUAGAAUUACUUUGUCGAGUUCAACCAACUGAUGAUUUAGUUAGUAUUGGAUUAAAAAUGGCUCAUAAUGGUUCUGUAGCUGCUGCUCGUUUAUUGCUGGAAAUAGCUCAUCGUCGGAUAAGUUUAGGUGAUAUUGCUGGAGCUCGAGUUAUUCUUUAUGACUGUAAAGACUUACCGAUUGAAUCUAAAGAAGUAACUCGUCGUUUACAUCUAGGUAUGGGUCGUUUACAUUGUGCUACUUGUAAUUACUCGCCGGCUUUUACUCAUCUCUUGGCUUACUUAGCUAUAUCUCCACUUGAUGAACAAGCCUUUCAAGAAUGUCUUUUAGCUGGAGUUAAAUCUGAACGUGUUCAUUCUUUCACUCGACUGAUCGGUUUAGUUACUACUGCUAAUAAUACACCAACUUCUCUUCCUUAUCAACUAGCCUGUGCCCUAGAAGCAGGAGAGGCCAGUCAAGCCCGACACCUCAGCCAGCAAAUAGAUCCAUCUCUAGCCGAUAAAGUAGAACAAAAAGCACUUAUCAUCAAACUCCUCAACUACUUCUUCUCCAACCGUGAAAGAACAGUCCAUCUCUCCCAUCUCUCCCAACAUCUCAAUCUUCCCCCUGCCCUACUAGAAACCAUCAUUCUAGACAUUCUCGGCAGUGGGUUCAUGCGCGGUACAAUCGAUCAAAUAGCCAGUACAUUUACUUAUACCUGGAUGGGCUACAAGCACCUAACUAACCCCGAACUCUCUACCAUCCGCCAAGACAUUUCCAGUCUCCGCUCCCGAGUCCUUGAAGUCAUCCAAGAGACCAAAACCCGCCAAUAA